GAGAGCUGGUUUGCGUUUCCCAAGGGCGGCGGCAGCGGCGGCGGAGCAGCAGCAGCAGCAGGGUCCGAAUCGGAGCGGCCACAGCUCCGGGCGUGUGCGCCCCGCGCGGAGCGGGCUCGGGUUCCCCACGGAAUGUCCCCGGGGCGCCCGGCGCGCUGACCCCGCGGCCGCCCCCUCCUUCGGCGCCUGCUGCCUCCCUCGGGCGAGCUUGGUGUUCGGGACUGCGAGCUUCCCGGCUCUUGGGCAGUGGGGAAGCCCCCGGGGGCGGGUGACCUUAGCUCGCCACGACCCAGCCCUCCCCCGUGCGUAUCUCGCUUAAGAUGGCAGCGGAGUCAGGGGAACUAAUCGGGGCUUGCGAGUUCAUGAAAGAUCGGUUAUAUUUUGCUACUUUAAGGAAUAGACCAAAAAGCACAGUAAAUGCCCACUAUUUCUCCAUCGAUGAGGAGCUGGUCUAUGAAAAUUUCUAUGCAGAUUUUGGACCUCUGAACUUGGCAAUGGUGUACAGAUACUGCUGUAAACUGAACAAGAAACUAAAAUCAUACAGUUUAUCAAGAAAGAAAAUAGUGCACUACACCUGUUUUGACCAACGGAAAAGAGCAAAUGCAGCAUUUUUGAUAGGUGCCUAUGCUGUAAUCUAUUUAAAGAAGACACCAGAAGAAGCCUACCGAGCACUCCUGUCUGGCUCAAACCCCCCCUAUCUUCCAUUCAGGGAUGCUUCCUUUGGAAAUUGCACUUACAAUCUCACCAUCCUCGACUGUUUGCAGGGAAUCAGAAAGGGAUUACAACAUGGAUUUUUUGACUUUGAGACAUUUGAUGUGGAUGAAUAUGAACAUUACGAGCGAGUUGAAAAUGGUGACUUCAACUGGAUUGUUCCAGGAAAAUUUUUAGCAUUUAGUGGACCACAUCCUAAAAGCAAAAUUGAAAAUGGUUACCCUCUCCACGCCCCUGAAGCCUACUUUCCUUAUUUCAAAAAGCAUAAUGUGACUGCGGUUGUGAGGCUGAACAAAAAGAUUUACGAGGCGAAGCGCUUCACGGACGCGGGCUUUGAGCACUACGACCUCUUCUUCAUAGACGGCAGCACGCCCAGCGACAACAUCGUGCGCAGGUUCCUAAACAUCUGCGAGAACACGGAGGGGGCGAUCGCGGUUCACUGCAAAGCUGGUCUUGGAAGAACAGGGACGUUGAUAGCCUGUUAUGUAAUGAAACACUACAGGUUUACACAUGCUGAAAUAAUCGCUUGGAUCAGAAUAUGCCGGCCGGGCUCCAUUAUAGGACCCCAACAGCACUUCCUGGAAGAAAAACAACCAUCAUUGUGGGUCCAAGGAGACAUUUUCCGAUCCAAACUGAAAAAUAGACCAUCCAGUGAAGGAAGUAUUAAUAAAAUUCUCUCUAGCUUAGAUGACUUGUCUAUUGGUGGGAACUUACCUAAAAUGCAAAACCUGGAAAGAUUUGGAGAGAAUAAUUUAGAAGAGGAUGAAGAUGUGGAAAUAAAAAACAGUAUAACCCAGGGAGACAAACUCCGUGCCUUAAAAAGUCAGAGACAGCCACGCACCUCACCGUCCUGUGCAUUUAGGUCAGAUGAUAUGAAAGGGCACCCAAGAUCAAUGUCCCAGCCUUUCAGAUUAAGUUCUUCCUCGCAAGGAUCUGUGCCUAUUUUGAAGACAUCAAAAGUGGCUUUGUCCCCUUCACCCACUGCCAAGAGGAUAAAUAGAGUUUCUUUGUCUUCAGGGCCCAGCUUAAGAAGCUUUUCCAUAAACUCCAGGCUAGCCAGUUCUCUAGGGAACUUGAACGCUGCAACGGAUGAUCCAGAGAACAAAAAGACCUCCUCGCCCUCUAAGGCAGGUUUCGCAGCCAGCCCUUUCACCAACCUCUUGAAUGGCAGCUCCCAGCAGACCACCAGAAAUUACCCUGAAGUCAACAACAACCAGUGCAGCAGCGGCGUCGGUGGGGCCAACAUGAACAGCAGCCCAGGGCCCCACAGCGCCAAGACUGAGGAGCACACCAGCAUCCCCAGACCCUCCUACACCGGGCUUUCUUCUUCUUCAGCGAGAUUCCUGAGCCGUUCCAUCCCUUCCCUUCAGUCUGAAUAUAUUCAUUACUAAGGCCUUGCCACUCCGGUGAAUGCUGUUCCACCCUCACACACAAUUUCUUCAUCUGGACCAGCAAAGUAGAGGGAAAGCAGCUUCUUGCUGGAAGAGUAUCUCUGCCUUCUUACCUUAAAUUAAAGAGAGCCCUAAGAUUACACCGUCAAGAGACUUGAAACCAAAAAACUGGUUCAUGACUACUGUAACUGCACUGAGACUAUGUUUAUGGAGAUUUCAACACUUUUUAAGACACUUUUAAUGUUGAAUUUGGUAUUUUGAAAGGUUAUUUUCAAUGUAUUUCAGUAAUACAUUUAUUAUUACAUUUACAUGUACAGUGUUAACAUUAUGUAUGUAUUGUGAACUUUAAAAGACUAUUUUGAUAAAUUUAUAAAUAUAUCAAAUUAUGUAAAAAUCUAGACUAUAUUUUGAUUUAGAUGUUCGUGUUACCAAAAAUUUGUAUUUUAAAUUUGUUUAGCUUUAGUAUGGUUUUGUCUACGAUGAAUAAAUAAUUCCUCCUUAUUAAGAAAGAAGAAGGGAGAAAGUUUUAGACAGUGGUUUUUAUGCUCGUGCUAGGAAAUACAGCAGAUCAGUUCAUUCUUUGGGGAAGUCAGUCUAAUUUAACCCAGUUUAUCCAAGUUCAUCUCUACCAAGAGAAUAAUCUUCUGAUAUGGCUUAUUUAGGACAAUUUCCUUUCCUUUUGUUUUUCCUGCUGAGCCAAUUAAAUUAGUUUUGUAUCCUCAGGGCCUUUUAAAAAACUGAGCAUACAGUCGAAAAUCAGAAUUCACUGAAUAUUUCUCCUGAAAGCAUGGUGUUUCUCUAUGAAAUGACUCAACAUUCCAAAUGCUUUUAUGUCUUUCUCCCUUUUAAAAGAGUACUUAACCCAAAUAAAAUAUCCUACUUUUGGUACGAAGUUGUUGUUGCCUGUAAUCCCACAUGGUCUGAAAUCAGUUUUAAAUCAAUGAAGGAAAAAAAAGGUGGAAAAGAUGCUGCUAAGUAGUUCGCUUUAUUAAAGUAGAUACUUUUAAAACAGAAUACAGCUUCCCUGACGCACAUGCGUAUCUGGAACGUAACAUGAAAAUGAAAGAACCCCUUACAGGUACGCGUAGCCCUUUCAUGUAAUCUCAUAUUUAGGUGGUCAGAGGAGUUGGGGAGCCUCAGAUCCUGAUUGCCUCCCAGGCUGUUUAAAAAUGGACUACUCCAACCUUGCAAGGGCUAGUUAAAUGAAUUCAUGUGAAGUGUUUACUCUCAACCACUGAGUUAUUUAUAAUGUAUUUAUUAGGAGGGGAACCUUGAGUUUAUUAGCUAUGCUUCAGCAAGCCAUUUUUGUUCAUGUUUUAUGUUUUUUAUAAAAGGCAUUUGAAUGAAUGUUUAACUCAGGUUUGUUCAUUUAACCUUCCAUAACUGCAGUACCAAAAAUUGCACUCAACUGAUGAAAGAAAUGAAUCGUAUGUUAUGGGAGUCAGAAAUUAAAAUAAGUGGAAUUAAACCGUUUAUCUUUUCUAAAGCUGAAAAAGUAAAAUAUUUUAUUAUGAAUUAUUGUAAAAAAAAAUCCUGGUUAUUUGUAUAGGAAGAUGAUAGUAUUUUUUUCAGAUUAUUACUAAAAAGUCAUUCAGAUGACAUUGGAAAAAUAGGGGAAAGGGAACCAUGUUGACAGUUUUCGUCUGUGAACACUAAUGUGUGUGCAGCUAUUAAAAUGAUUGUAAAGUUGACUACUAUAAAUUUUCUAUCCUUGUGUGUGUCACAUGUAUCUACAUGUGUAUGUCUUAAAAUUAUUUUACACACGUACGUACACAGACACACCAAGACAUAGAUGUAUAUAAUAUAGAAAGUAUAUAGCAAAGUAAUUCUACUCCAAUAAUAAAAAUUGUUUGACAUGUAUUUUGUUAUGAACAGUUUAUCUUCCAAAAGAUAUUUUGUUCUAUUUUAAAGUGUAGAAGAAUACACUGCUAAUAAAUAAUAAAAGUUUUAUGCAAUUUA